CUUUUUCAUAAAGAAAAAUCCCACUUUCUGUAUUCCAAAUUUCCAGCCCACUCAAAUUCUGUCGCACUUCUCUCUCUUCCCCUGAUCUCAAAGAUCGUCGAUUCGCCAUCAUCAUCAUCAUCAUCAUCAUCGAAUUGCGGUGCAAUAGUUUUCAUAUUAUUCCCAAAUUGAUAUAGAUUAACCUGUCAGGGUGAUUCUAGGAAAAAUGGCUGAGGAUGGGGGAGAAAAGCCAUUGAAGAAGAUUUCUGAAGCAUUCAAAGAUCUAGCCAUCACUCUUAAUUCCGAGGAUUCUGAUCUUAAGGUUGCCCCAUUUUCCCAUGCUUGCUCCCUCGUCUCCCCUUUGUUUGGUUGUCUGGGGUUAGCUUUUAAGUUUGCGGAGAUGGACUAUGUUGCCAAGGUUAAUGAUCUUAUUGAGACCUCAAACUCAAUAACGACAUUACAAGUGCUGGUCGAUCAAGAUAUUCAGGCGAACACUGUUCGGAAACAAGGCAGCCAUACAAGAAAUCUUUUGAAAGUAAAGCGGGGUCUGGACAUGGUCAAAGUACUUUUUGAGAAAAUCAUUGAAACUGAGGGUAAUUCUUUGAAGGAUGCUGCUUCUAAUGCUUACACCCAAGUUUUUGCUCCAUAUCAUGGAUGGGCUAUUAGAAAAGCUGUUGGUGCAGGGAUGUAUGCAUUACCUACUAGGCCGCAGUUGAUGAAAAGGCUGAAUGAGGAUGACGAUUCUGCCCGCGUCCAAAUGCAAAACUACAUUACUUCAUCAGAUGCUGUGAUUGGAUACAUUGACAAGCUGUUCCUAUCGAAAGAACUAGGUAUAGAUUGGUGAAUUCUAGUGGAAUUCUUUGUAACAAUAGACUAUACUUAUAUCUGUAUUGUUAAUGACAUUAUGUAAGCAUAGGCCUGAUACCCUCAUCAAAGUCGCCAUAUGACUCGUGAGGGUUGCUCUAGCUAGGCCUGUGUGACACUAUCUGAUACUCGCUUUCAGUACCGCAAAUGUUACAUUAUGCGUCCUUAACAAAUAUGCAUCUUGUUCUUGUACCAAAAAAUUUGGUAGCACAGUUCAAUGCUUCAAUGUAACUGAUUUCUACAGAAA